GGGCAGCAGAAGCAGAUACAAUGCCAGAUUCGGCCAGUCGGCCACAGCAGCAUCAAAUGCGCCACCGAAGUGAGAUAUGUGAAGCCUUUUCCGGUACUGUAAUGCACUGUACGUACUGUACUGUAGAUCAGAGCGCAGUUUGAAAUAUGCACAACUCAGCAAAAGACAACUGCACACAUUCAGCGCUGCUGGUCAGGAACAGGAGCUACUCAUGACCUGGUGGAUGUAACCUCACUCCAUGAUUGCUAUGAAUGAUUCCCUGGAUGAGUCACACACCUCUGGCAGCCUCGGGGAGAACACGGACGUUUUUCAGGGAGUAAGAGGCAGCGGGAACCUCGAGUCGGCCAUCAUCCCACUACGCUCCCCCUUGCAGCCACCCAAUGCUCCGUACAAUAGGACAACUCCUGCUGUCCCUUCGCUCAUCAAGGGGAAUAGGAAAAGUAAAGAGGAGGAGGAAACCCAAGUGGGACCUGUUCCAAACCCCUUCUCAGAGCUGCCGCCAUCCCCUUUCUCUUUAGCGUCUGAGUGUCUGUUACCUUGGACCAAAAACAGCACAACUCAGGUAAUCAAAGUGUACAGUGAAGACAACACCAGUCGUACUGUGGAGGUGCCCACUGAAAUCACUGCCCGGGAUAUCUGCCAGCAGUUUAUACUGAAGAAUCACUGUAUUGAUGACCACAGCUGGACUCUGUUUGAGCAGAUCCCUCAUCUGGGCAUCGAGAGAACUAUAGAAGACCAUGAGUCUGUUAUUGAGGUGCAGUCGAGCUGGGGCAUGGACUCAAGCGGCUGCCUGCACUUUAGGAAGAAUCACGCCAAAUACGAGUUCUUCAAAAAUCCUCUUGAUUGUUUCCCAGAGCACAUGGUGUCCAUAUCGAGUGAAUCCAACGGAGUCAUGAACCACUCACAACUCAUUCAGACUUUUCUCAGCUCCAGCUCUUGUCCUGAGAUUCACGGGUUCCUUCACGCCAAAGAGCAUGGCAGGAAAUCAUGGAAGAAGUUCUACUUUUUGUUAAGAAGAUCAGGAUUGUACUUCUCCAACAAGGGCAUGUCCAAGAAACCCAGGCACCUGCAGUUCAUUGCAGAGUUCAGCGACAGUGAUGUCUACACGUUAUUAUCCGCAAGAAAAGUUUAUGGUGCCCCGACAGACUUUGGCUUCUGUGUGAAGGCAAGUAAGUCGAAUGCUGCACGUGACCUGAAACUGUUGUGUGCAGAUGACGAGCAAACAAGGACAUGUUGGGUAACAGCCAUGCGCCUCUUCAAGUAUGGCGUGCAGCUUUACCAGAACUUCAGUCAGCCCUAUCAGAAAAGUUCUCCAAUGAGAAGGGUUUCUGAGAACUCUCUGGUGGCGAUGGAUUUCUCAGGGCAUGAGACUCGGGUGAUUGAGAACCCAUCAGAGGCGUUAUCAGUGGCUGUGGAAGAAGGCCUGUCCUGGAGGAGGAAAAGCUAUCACAGACUGAGUUCACACGGUAGUCCAUCUACAUCUCUGAGCUCCAUGUGUAACUUAGCGUUCCAUGUGGCUCAGCCAUGGUUUCACAGCAAACUAUCUCGAGAUGAAGCUCAGAAAUUAAUCAGUCAACAAGGCCUCAUCGAUGGGGUUUUUCUUGUAAGGGACAGUCAAAGUAACCCGAGGACAUUUGUUCUGUCACUUUGCCACAUGCAGAAAAUCAAACACUUUCAAAUCGUACCAGUCGACGAUAACGGUGAGCUCUUCUACAGUCUGGACGAUGGGCACACACGGUUUACUGACCUGCUGCAACUAGUGGAGUUUUACCAGGUAAACAGAGGCAUUCUGCCCUGCAAGCUGAGACAUCACUGUGCCCGAAUCACCCUCUGAACCACAGCACGCCCUAGUGGCUCCUACAGGUCACUGCAAUGCACUUGAGCGUCUGUAACACACAGAGCAUAUUUUGGACAUCUGAUCGUGCCUUGGACAGGAAACCAGUAAAGUUAAGCUGACCACAUUAAGGCCUGAACCUAUAGACUUCAGCUGUGGAUUUUUGCUAAUAUACAGACGAUUGAAAGACUGAAAGACUGGUGCUGUCCAUAGGAUGUGGUUCGAUUCUUGCGUUACUGAAGAGAGGUUUGAAGGCCCUAAUAUUCACGGAGGGCGAAAUGUUUUGUGGUGCAAACCCACUUUAAUGUAGAAUGGAAUGUACAACGUAGAUUUUGCAGCUACUAUAUCCUGGUACAAACUCUCUCUUUGUGGACGAAUCGGAACCACCUCAUUAAGCCAUCAAUCAAAGCUAAUUUUUUUAAUGGCAGACUGUGCGGGUUUCUGUACGGCACUCGAAAAGACAUGGUCUAGCCAUAAUCUGAACUCAAAAUAAGCUAAAACUGUUGCUGUUCCGUUUUUGUGUUUACGGGGUGAAAAUGUUUCUUGUAUUCUUUGUAUUCUUUCAAUCAUGUGUCCAAAAAAUUCAGGUAUUUUGUAAACAACACAAGACUGUUUGUUAUAAGAAAUGUUCGCUUGCCGAAGAGAAUCUACGUCUGCGCAUACUGUAGAUGUCGAUAUUCGUGGGCGAAAAGUCAUUCAACGCACAAACGACCACUUGCAGCCUGAUAUCAUGAAAAUUACGUAACUGUGGCGGCAUUUUUCCGAAAUGAUUUUUACGCGGUUCUUUACACGUAUCGCAGCAGUUCUGAGGUGAAAUGUCCACUGUGUGGUGCUAAAAGCGAGUUACAUUAUCUCCAAAUUACAAAAUGAACUCCCUACCCUAAACCUUAAACUUAAACCUAUGCAACUGCAAUUGCUAAUGAAACCACGUCAUUUUGUGAUGCUUCUGUAACACUUUCGGCUCACGUGUCAACUCACAUGUUCUUCAGGACUCGUACCCCGCUCCUUUACAAGUGCAAGUGCAACGCUCUAUCAUUUGAGCUACCGUGCGAUUUGAUCACACUCGAACAAGCUUGUAAAUGUAGUUGAUUAUGUAAUACAAACGUUAAAAUGAGUCACACACUUUAGUAAUAGUGUUUAGAUGUCAUUAGGGCGAAAAGUGUUUAUGAACUGAUAAUCUGCCGCUUUUCACGUGAUUAGUGUGAAAGUGAAUCAAAGUCAGCGUUAUUUAUCGCAUCUAGUGUUCAUUUCACCAGGAAACUACUGCGAUGCGUUCAACGAGCCAUGCAAAAAUCGUUGCAAAAGUGUAGCUGUAGUAAUGUGGUUCUAUAAGACCAGGUUAAAUACUUGACAUGAGCCUUUGCUGUACCACACUGUGGAAUGUAUCUUGUUCUCCCAAUGACAUCAACAUGCAUGCUCCUGCGAUGAAAAAUCGUGUCACUUAUUAAUGAUUGCGCAAUCGCUGUACAUUUAAUCUAUAGACACAAGGCAGAAUUCUGUGAAAACAGUGUUGCACACCUGAAUUGUUUUGUUUUUAGUAGUGCAAUGAUCAGAACUGUUGCUAAUAUGUGCUGCAAGGGCAGUUCAGGAUACACACAUGCAUAGUUGAUGUGAAAAUAAUAACCAAUGUUCUUUAUUGAAUAGCCAAUGUAACGGCACAAUAACAUAGAAAUACACUAAAGCAUUUAUAGAACAAAUGAAUAAAACUCUUCUGCAUUAAGACACUUACCAUGAAUAGGGUGCAUUAUGGUGUCCCAUUUCUAUUUUUAAAGCAUAAGGCACAAACUCAAAUUUUAUUUUUUAUUUUUAAAUUUUUUUUUUUGUGUGUGAGAACUGUUAGAUAUGAAAAACAGAGGGAUUAUUAUCACACCCCACAAAUUUUACACAAAUGCAAUGCAAAAUGCAAUCCAAGAUUUAUUCAAAUAUUUUAUUUAUUUUAUUGGAAAUAUUAUUUUGUUAUUUUGUUUCUUUAAUUUAUGGGAAAUAUUUUUGAAUUUGUUACCUAUAAACCAACAUUUUGGCCCCAAAAGUAAGUAUUUUAAAACAACAAAUAGCUUCAUUUUAAAGCAUUUCAUACUCUUAUUUUGUACCUUAUCUGUGGAAAGUGCCCAAUGAGAAAUGCACAUUUAUCAUCCAGUCAUCCAAAUGAGUCACAAUGUGUUUCUGUUGAAAAGCAAGAAACGUUUCUGUUUUCAGAGGACUCUUAUCUUUGUAUAUUUCUUGUAGAAUGACUAAAAUGUACACGAUAUCAUCAGAGUGUUUUACAGCUGUGUAUUAAAACAAAAAAGAGAUGCAAAAAGCAUAAAAACGUUCAAAUAGCCAAGGUCAUAAUUGCACUGUAGUUGUAACACUGGUAACUUUGGUGAUGCUCAUCAAGUAUAAUGAGAUUUCUUUUUCUCUGACUGUUUUAUUUGAUUUUUUAAAUGAAAUGUAGUUCUGUUAUUGCUGUCAUAUCCUCUCUAGUCAGACGUUACCCAUAUUUUUCCACAGCUGUCUGAAUGUCGGAGUGUAUGUGAACCACAUGAUUAUGAUUACAUAAUCUAUGCUAUAUAAAACUUGCUCUCUCUCCACACAUAUCUACAUCCUUUCCACUCUGUAUACUAUACAGGUCAACCUCAUAAAAACAGAACGUGUCCUGGUAAUAUUUCACCCAGAAAUUGCAUUAGAAAUGAUAUUUUACUUAAAGCCAAUUUAAGGUAAUAAUUGUAUUACCUGUUAUCCUCGUUACCAUAAUGCAAUUAAUCUCAUUUCUGUAAUUUGAAAAAUAAUGAUAUAUUUUUUAUAUAAAAACGUUGUGAAGUAUUUUUGUACUGCCUUAAUUUUGAAACCAAAAACUGUAUUACUAAAGUGAUAAUCUAAUGGAAUUCAAUAUUGAGAAUAAUGAGAUUUACAAAUAAAAUAAAAUUAAAAAAAAUAAAAUAAAUGUGCUUAAAAUGUGCAUGAAAAUUACGUCUAACAAAGGGACUGAACUCAAAAUUAAGGCUUAGAUUUCCUUACGUAAAAUAUAAUUUAUUGCUAUUUUCUUUUGAUAUUGGGGUGAAAUAUGACCUGAACAUGUUUUUGGCAGGUUUAAUGAGAUUCACCCAUACUGAUGGUUUAAUACACUAGAGGAGUUUCUGAUCAGGUGACGCAUCCAUAGUUACAUUUCAUACAUAUCUACUUCAGAUAGUACAAUCAAAAGCCCACAUCUGAUCAAAUGACUUACAUUAUCCUGAAUAUGAGACUGUUUAAUGUCAGUUCCGUAUUACUUUCACUGCAAUUUUCAUCCUCAUUUUUUCUUACUGAACAUGAAUUAUUAUUUAUUUAUUUUUUUACUUUGGUACUCACACUCUCCAUUUAUUUCCUGUAUGUUUAAUGACGCUGACAGAAAAUAAACUUGAAGUACCUUGUUC